AUGCUUCAUAACACCCAAGUCGUGGAGAUUAACGGCAUUGAGUACACGGUGGUCGUCACCCAUAAUGCCGUGCCAACGGCCCCCAUCACAGUGUACAUCAACGAGGCCAACAACGCAGCCAUGGGCGAUUACGUGUACACAAUUAAGGGCACCAGUGCCACCCUCUCGGGAGAGGAAAAUGUGAGGUUGAGCCGGUUGUUGGAGGCCAAAUUCGGCAAGCCUGUGUACGUGGGGGUGAACGGACAAGCUGGUGACGUGGUCGCCAUGUUUAAGGUUAUACAAGACAUGAUUGGCGAGUGA